AUGGCGUCAAUGUACACCGACUUCAUGGCGCUGCGCCAAUCUGUUGAAGUACCGAGCGAUCGCUCUGGGGAGCAUAUUUCGAAACCAAAACCAUCUCCUUCUGCGCAGGGUACAUCAUCGCGUUCGAGAAUCGAGUCGAAUCACGCAGUAGAAAUCAUGGAGGAAGGAGACCCCCCUUUGAAAGACAAUUGCGGGAGCGACAGAAUGCACGAUCAUGCCGGCUCGACUAUUGCUCUGUCUUCUACGAAUAAAGUGGCCGGUCAGACUGUGGCGCCUUUUCUUGCCAAACAUAUCCCCGAACAAUACGCUCAUCAAGGUAUCCCUAUCGCGCCGAAGGACAACACAAAGGACUCGAUGAAGAAGAACCCCAAUACAAAGUACUGUUACAGACAUCGGCCGGACUCGAAAUGUAGAAGGACAGCGGAUGAGCCAACUAUGGAGAAUUUACAGAGGGACCUCGAGACACUCACACACGCCGAUCAGCAAGGUAUUUCCCAUGUGUGGUCACUCUUCUCUGCCGCGCCUGCGAAACAGAGAAACCUCAUGCUUCAGGGGAUUUUGGCGCAAUGCUGCUUUCCGCAACUCUCUUACCUCUCCACAACCGUCCGAGAUCUUAUUCGCAUCGAUUUUGUCAGCGCCCUCCCUUCUGAGAUAUCUUUCAAAAUCCUAUGUUAUCUAGAUACCACAUCGCUUUGUAAGGCUGCUCAAGUGAGCCGAAACUGGAGAAUAUUGGCGGACGACGAUGUCGUAUGGCAUAAAAUGUGUGAACAACAUAUUGACAGGAAGUGUACGAAAUGUGGUUGGGGCUUGCCAUUAUUGGAGCGUAAACAAUUAAGAGAAUGGAAGCGUCAGAACCAGCUGCGAGGUGCUGGAAGAGGUCUCAAUCAAUGGUCGCCUUGUUUAACCCCAAUCGCAGACGAAGUCCAGCAGGACCAUUCGGAACCUCAAUCGAAUUCUCUUAUUCUCCCAGGCAAGAGAUCUGCAAGCGAAUUCACUGCGGAUGGUUUAAUACCAACCUCACCGGAAGAGUCAAAACGCCGCAAGGGCAGUCCAGAGGAAUCAUAUUUCGGAAAACGGAAAUUUCGGCCUUGGAAAGAUGUUUACAAAGAUCGGUUCAAGGUUGGAACAAACUGGAAGUAUGGCCGUUGUACGACAAAAAUUCUUCGUGGACAUACAAAUGGUGUUAUGUGUUUACAAUUCGACGAUAAUAUUUUAGCGACUGGUUCAUACGAUUCCACCAUACGGAUAUGGAACAUUGAUACAGGAGAAUGCAUUCGCAUACUGCGCGGCCAUACGUCGGGAGUUCGGGCUCUCCAGUUUGACGAUACGAAGUUGAUUAGUGGCAGUAUGGAUCAUGAUGUUCGUGUUUGGAAUUGGCGUACAGGGGAAUGUAUGAGUGUAAUGCAUGGCCAUGAUGCUGGUGUGAUUGCUGUCAAUUUCGAAGGCAAUAUUCUGGCGACGGGCUCUGUUGACAAGACUGUCAAAAUUUGGAAUUUCAAGACGCAGCAAAAGCACACUCUUCGUGGUCACAAGGAUUGGGUCAAUGCUAUUAAGCUUGAUGCGGCAUCUCGUACUGUGUUUUCGGCCUCAGAUGAUUGCACUAUUCGUCUCUGGGACCUCGAUACUCUUGAAACUAUUCAAACAUUCGAAGGACAUGUUGGGCAGGUGCAACAAGUGACAUUGUUGCCAGCCGAAUAUGAGCCCGACGAUUUCGACCCCGAGGACGAUGAUGGAGCAAGCAGCACCGCCACUUCUUCCGAAAUCGACCCCAACUCACCUCGUCCAACCUCUUCGCCAUUUGACGCAUGGCCAUCCGAUCGUCCCAGACCUGCUCAUUACAUGGUAACGGGAGGUCUCGAUUCGACCGUUCGGCUCUGGGAUGUCACUACUGGAAAAUGCUUAAAGACAUUUUUCGGGCAUCUUGAAGGCGUAUGGGCUCUAGCAGGUGACAGUCUCCGCGUGGUUUCUGGUGCCGAGGACCGUUUGGUCAAAGUCUGGGACGCACGAACCGGUAAAUGUGAGAAGACAUUUGGUGGACACUCGGGUCCGGUCACUUGCAUUGGGUUGAGCGACAGUACCAUGGUCACUGGUAGCGAGGAUUGCGACGUACGAAUUUACAGCUUCAAGAACGAGGGCGGAAGUGAUCAUUCCGUGGACAUUGAUGUUCCUACUUCAUCAGCGGGGAGUUUAUGA